UUUGGCGGGCGUACAACUCGUCCCGGUGUCCACCAAGGCGGCAGAGCAGCGCUACCAACCCUUUUCGUUGCGCCACCGCAGCCACGCGUCCCACCGCGGGUGGCAUACACUAUAACUUUCGUAUCCAGUACCCAGCUCUCACACCCAGCACGCCGUCGAGCACGCCGUCGAGCACGCCGUCGAGCACGCCGUCGAGCAGCCAUGGCCGACGCGACCAUGCAGCCCUGCGACGCCUUGAGGAUCGCACUCCUAACGCGAGACGGCGCCGAAAUUAGGCACUGGUUAGAUGAUGGGAGUUUGGUGCUCGUCCGCUGCGGCAAGGACGCGCUACGAAUAAGAGCCUUGGUAAGAAGCGAGGCGCUGACGUGCGCGACCUACGCCGCCCGGUUGGACGACGCCCAAAUCGACAAGUUCCAGGACCGCGUGGGUUUAGAUUAUGAGGCCGACGCCGUCGCGGCGUUCGCCGAAGAUUUCGCCCGGGCGCUGUGCAUACAACCACUUCUGUCCCCGUGCGACGACGACCUGGAUUUGACGUUGGACUUCUCGGGCGCCGGCGUCGGUUCGGCGAAACUGAGGCUGCGCGCGGACGGGAAGGUGUCGGUGGGCCUGCUCGACGACCUGGCCGCGCACUUCGCGCCGGCGAAGACGGAGGCCCCGGCGCCGCAGGGCCUCUCUCAAAAGCGGACGGCGCGGGCCUUCCAGCCGUCGAAGAAGCGGCGGGCGUAA